AUGAAAAACAUAUUAUCCAAAAAGCAUUUUCCUUAGGGACAUUUUUCUUAAGCAUCAGCUUAAUUUAAACUUAAUUAAUGUUAAUUAUAUGUAAAAUAACCUGAGAAAGCUCAUUUUAACAAAAAUGUAAAACUAUAUAUAAAAUAAUUUAUUAGGCAACUAGUGUUGAAUUAGGUUUGGCUAAGUAAAAUAAAAGUUAAAUAAGAAUUAAUUAAUGUAAAUAUGAAUCUUCACUAUAAUAUAUGAUACCAAAGAAAGAUGAAAUUUAUAAGUAAGAAUUUAAAUAAUUUAUCCAUAGAUAUAGAAGGAGGCUUUCUCCAUCUAGAAAUAAAAGCAAAAGUGAUCUAUUAAGUCAUUCUGUUGAUUUUAUAAAGCCUUCUAAUAUAUAAAGAGAUUGUUCAUUUGACAAUUUUCAUAAGAAAACUAGCCAAUCUGGAUUUUUUAAGAGGCCUUAAGUCUCCAUAUCCUUAAAUAGAAUUAAAGAAAAUGAAGCAGCCAAUAGAAUGUUUGAUUAUUAGAAUAAGGAAAAUCUGAUAUGCACUUUAAUUAACUAAUAAAUAUAGAGAAAUCCAAUAACUGGAAAUGGGUUGCCAGAGACUUGCAAAACUGGUAUAAAAUGCAAAGUUUCAAAGAAAUCCACAAUGGAUGAAAUUCUAUUUUAAGUAAGUGUAAUUAUUAACCUUUAGAAUAGGGAUUUAAAUGGCAGAAAGAAGUGGGACAUUCAAUUGUGAUUAGUUAUAAUUAUUUAGUAUCAUACAUUUUGUUCUCUUAAAACAUAUUAUUAUUUAUCAUCUAGAUUAUCUAAAUAUUAUAAUAUAUUAAUUAAAUAAUGCAUAAUUUUCUGUUUGGAAAUAGACUUUAAACUUACUCUCCCUUUAGUCCUUUUGGUUCUACUAAAAACUCUAAACCAGGCAUAAUAACAAAGAUAAAAAACAAGAUUUAAGAUUUAUUUCAACCUACAAUUAACCCAUGUAGUACAAUUUAACGGAUACAAUGCUAUAAUGAAUAAAAUUUAGAAUCAGAACUAUCUCAUUAAUUUAAAAAUAAUCUUGUAAUUGUAGAUCACAUUAUACCGAAUAAUGAGUAAAAUCUAACUUCAAAAAGAAAGUCUCUCUAUCCCUUUGAUUUAUAUUACAAGGAACUUGCCCAAAAACAAAAUUAAAGUUCAGAAGAAUCCUAAAACAAUAAAGUUAUCAGAAUAAAAGAUUAGUCACCUUAUCUUACCAAAACCAAGAAAUAAAUGAAGUUUAAAAAAAAUCAUGCUAAAAUUGAAAAAUCUAGUAAAAUGGAAGGUAAUUUUUAUUUCUAUUAACAAAUAGCCUACUAAUAAUAGAGAGACUUUGAUUUUAAUAAAAAAUCUUAGAAUAAAAAUAUUGAAUCAAACUAAGAAAAUUCCUCAAGUUUAAUAUCCAGUAAUUAAAUUAAAAAAAAGGUUCGUUUCAAAGAUAGCAGCGAAACUGCUAUUCCUUAAGAUUAAUAAAAAGAAUAGACAAAUGGAUAAUUGAAUCAAAAAAGUUAAUUUGAAAUUUAAUCUUUUCCAAUCAUUAAAUAAAAUUAACAAAUCAAUUGUUAAUAAUUGAAUGAUUAAAAAUUUUAGAUCUUUGAAACUCAAAAUGGACAUGUUUGCAACAAUGUUAACUUCAAAUAAAUUAUUUAAGAAAAUUAAUAUUUUUCAAGUUCUACUGGUACUAAUACUAAAGGAGAAACUUCGGUGGCUUUAAUGAAUAUAGAACACAUUUCCUAUUCUUAAGAAACUGAUUCCUAAAUCUCAGAGGAGAAAAGUUCAAAUGAUAGCUUUAUUGAAAUAAAAAAUAAGCUUUUUUCUAUCUUCCAUCCUGAAGUUGGUGUAAAAAGUGAUUUUGAUAAAAAAAAAGAAUUAGAAUAGUGUGAACUCCAAGAUAAUAAAAAUAAAAAUAAAAAUUAGAUAUCUUUAGAAACAUCAGAAUAAUAAUAAUAAUAAUAAUAAUAAUAAUAAUAAUAAUAAAAUAUAAAAUAAAGAUCAUUAGUAUUAGAUUCAAAAAUUAUAAACUUGCAAAUUUAAUGCCAUCGUUAAAACCUAAUUGACAGUAAAAAUGAACAACAAAAAUUGAAUUCCUAAUAAUUGGAUUAAUAACAAGAAAUUUAGUUCAGUUAAGAUGAUAGUAUCAAUAAUCAUAGAUUUGACAAUAUAUUCAAAUCUGAAAAAUAAGAGUUGAAAUUGGAAAAUAAUUAAAAUUUAUUGGAGAUAACUAAGGAUGAAAUGUUAUAAUAACCAUCAAUUCAAAAAAAAAUACUAAUUCAAAAAUAAAUAGAUGAAAAACUUGAGACUCCAUAAUCUUAAAAUACAUAAUUAUCAAUGAAUUAUGAAAGUACACCAAAAACUUCAAAGAUCAUUUAAGAAAAUGAUCAAUAGAAAGAAUUUAGCCUAAAAUAGAACCAAAAUAUAUAGUAAAAAAAUCCAUUUUUAGAUACAAAUUCUCAUAUAAGCUCAGAUUAAGUAAGUUAAUAUUUUUUGUAAGGAUUUUUAACAGGAAAUUAAUAAUUUCCUUAACAAUCCUAACCAUUGAUUAAAAAUCAAAAUUUUCUAGAUUUAUUUAAGAUGUAAACCAAUAAUUAGCUUUUCAAUUUUAAUAUUCCUUAAGAUAAUUAAGGACAUCAAACUUAAACUUAAAACUUAUGUAACUCAUAGAAUAUAUCUUAAAAGAAUGAUUAAUAUUAAAAUUAUAAGGAAAUGGAAAUCAUUGAUUAAAUACCAUACUCAGAGUAAUUCAAUGUAACCUAACAAAAUUAUUUUCAUUAACCAAUAUCAAAUUAUUAUUCACCAAAUUUUGAAUAAAAAUAUUAAUGCCAACCUGUCACCUUUUAGUAAUCUUAAUCAAGUAAUCCAUUGAUUAAUUACUAAGCACCUAUUUAAUAAAUGAACCUAUAUCCGUAAAAGCAGUAAUGUUCAUAUCAAAUAUCAAGCAUUAAUUUAUUUUAAUCUAAUUCCUCUUUGUCAAACUCCAAUCCAAAUGGUAGCUAAGAAGAAGGCAGAAUGAAUCAUAUUUAUACUAAACAAGAUGUACUAUCUUUUUUUCAAGAUACUAAUAAGAAAUAGGAUUAAAGUAAUUAAUAAAGUAUAAAUUUAGAUUUAUUUGUUAUUGAUUCCGUUUAAAGUAGUAAUUCAUAAAGUAAUUCUUAAUCUUAAAACUUAAAUAACAGUUUUACAAGUAGAUACAAAAAAAAACAACGUAUUAAUAAUAACUGA